AUUUGUCGAAGGAAGGAAGCGGAGGAAGAAGAGCCACCACUAUAAAAACAAGACUCUCAUCAUCGUUGCUCGAUCACAUGCCGACCAGUAUUCAGCCGAGCUUGGACGACGUGUUAACAGAUAACCAUAUAACAUAAUGUCAUCUACAAUUUCAACGAGUUUUACUCUUCUUCUUUUAUUGGGACUAGUCUCAUUUCUUUUUGCUGCAAGCAUCAAACAAGAAGAACCAGCUAAUGUUCAAUGUCAUAACAAUAAGGAAUGUCCCAGUGACCAUUGCUGUGUCCUAGGCGGAGGAAGAUACACUAUACCUCAAUGUAGUCCUUUGUUAGAGGAAGCUGCAACUUGUCGACCUAAUAACGAAUUGCUCAACAUGACUUUACAUUAUCCGAAUGAUACCCAGUUGAAAAUAAGUGAUGUAUAUCAUAUAUUGUGUCCUUGCAAUGAAGGAUUAAUAUGCGACCGUAAAGAAGGCGUUUGCAUAAACAAUAAUUAAAAGUAUAGGUUUCUAAAAUGAAAAUGAAAUAAUUUAUAGGACAUCUAAGAAUAAUACUAUGUUUUAUCGUUAAAAUAAUUAUUCUUAUUAUUUUUUUUUUUUGCUUUAGUGAUGUCUCUUUCUUUUCUAUUUGUAUAUACACGAUUAUUCAGUCUUUAAUAAGUUUUGGAAAAAAAAGAGAUAUGAAUAAGGUAACGUUUUUAAUAUUUGAAGAGAUUAAAAACGUUACCUUAUUUUAUUAUGAUAAAAUAAAGACCAAAGGAUUUGUUUUAAGAAAUUACUAGGAUUAAGUCUAAUUGUAUUAUAUAAAAAUUGAAAAUUGAAUAAUAUUGUGUCCAAUAUAUAAAAAAACAUCCCUAGGAAAUUGAUACAAUAAAAUCAGAUACUUUAUAUAUGUAGGAAUAUUACACAAAACAUUAGAAGUUACCGACAUUCCUAAAAAUAACAUCCUUACCAUUGGUAGGUUAAUUUUUUUCUAUCGAUAAUCUAAUUAAACUAGGACCCUAUUAUAAAUAGUCUGUAUAAAUAGUCAUUCCUAAGACUAUAUAAUAACAUAGAACAU